AUGACAAAUGACCACCCCCCUUCCGCCCCUCCCCCCGACUCCGUCAUGACCCAACCCCUCUCCUCCUCGCUCUCUCUCGACCACUUCCGUUCUCUCCCCUGGGCUUCUUCUCUCCUCGCCUCCCCCGAUUACUAUCCCAUUCACACUUGGUCGCGUCUUCCCAAGCCCUCCACCGGCGAGGAUGGCUUCUUCUCUGGUACCCUCGCAUCCUCUUCUACCAUCCCCCAUUGCCUGACCAUCCGCCGUCGUGACCUCAUCCCUCCAUCUCCAGAAGCUCCAGCGUGGCCGGCUCCAACCGCCUCGCCCUCGUCUCCCCCCUCGCCUAAUCCACCCGAUGCGAUGAUGCUACUAUCAUUAGAGAAUCCGGGUGUCUGUGGCCAUCCAUCUACCGCCCAUGGAGGUGUCAUUGCAACCUUGCUUGACGAAACCAUGUCGUUGGCCGUUGCAUUGCAUACCGCCUCAGGGGGUCAUCCCCGUGGCCAAAUAUAUACGUCUCAAUUAGAUGUAAGGUAUCGGAAACCGUUACAGGUGCCAGGCUUGGUGAUGGUGAAGGCGAGGGUCGUGGCUCGUGUUGGGAGAAAGUUCUGGGUGAGGGCGCAAGUCGUUCAAGAGGAAGACGCCCAAUCGACCGGGGGACAUUUAGAAUGGGCCAAGAGGAAAUUAGUCAUGACGGAUGCCAUGGCGUUUUGGUUGGAAACAAUUCCCAAAUUGUGA